AUGGCAGCUAAAGACUGUCUGAAAGUUUCGGAUGCCACAACCCUAGUUCAACGCUACAGAAAUGUAUCAGCCGGUGGAGAUGGCCGCCGCCCCUAUCAGCUGGACAAAUUCAUUGUCUCCGUGCUGUGCCGACUGUCCCGACCUGCCAAAAAAGGCAGUGGUAGCCACAGCAUGGCCAGCAACGUUGACCAUUCAGAGCCCGGAACUACUCCCAGUGUUGACCCCGUUGGCGUCGAUAGACGGUCGUCAAGAACGCAGAUUAUUCCUGCUGCGGACAGGAUUGACGGUCAGCGGCGGAGCGUGGACUGA